GUGAAUCUGUUUUCUUUUACUUUUACUUUCUACAUCUCCAAUGAAUCUUGACUUUUUACAUUAGAGUCUUAAAACUUAUUUAUUGUCUUUAUCUUGCACCGGGUUUUGUAAGUAUAGCUAAAGCCAUCGUCAACAACAACAACAAUACCCGCAAACUACUAUACCGCCACCACAACAAAAUGCUCCCCGCGCAACAACAACUGCCAAUCCCAUACAUUGUGCCUCCCCAUCUGGAGGAAUACAACAUCCCGCUGUCCGCUUUCGCGGCCGCCCGUCCUCAGUUCCACAACAUCGUCGGCGGUGCGUUCAUCUUCUCGACCACCGUGCCGGACGCCGUGACUUCGAUUACCACAUCUGCUUCUGCUCCGACGACUACAAAGAGAGCAGCACAGGGAACGACAGCGCCCACAUCCCCAUUAGCGUCGACACCUCCACCUGUACCUGUCUCUGCAUCGUCAUCCCCAUCCCCAUCCCCAUCCUCAUCGCCCUCAUCGCCCACCCCAACAGCAGCAGCACAAUCCCCACAAACCCCGACCUCCUCCUCUUCCACCACCUCCACCCCCGCAACAACCCCAGGCACGACCCCAGACGACCACCUCUACAGUCUCUCCCCCGAUGACGAUCUUCACGGGGUUCACGAACCCGAACCUAAAACCCUCCUCCUCCAACGCAGCAUCACAGACUCCUACCCGUGCCACUGGGAGAACCCCGGCGGCCUGAUCGACCCCGUCCGCGACGCCACCGUGCUGGCGGGCGUGGCGCGCGAGGUCCGCGAGGAGACGGGGCUCCACGUCUCCCGGUUCGUGGAUCUCGUGUGCGUCGACGAGUGGACCAAGAUGAAGCGCGGGGUGCUGCUGCAGGAGACCAAGGUGACGUUUCUCGUGGAGGUGAGGGAGGCGGCGGCGGCGGGCUGGGAGGAGAGGGUCAAAUUGGCCGAAGGGGAGCAUCAGGCUUUUGUGUGGGUGGGCGAGGGCGAGGUGCGUGGGGUGGUGAGGGAUAAGGGCAAGAAGCGGAAAGCCAGUGGCAGGUUGGGGGUGGGGUUUAUUAAUGAGCAAGGGGGGAAUGUGCUGAGGGGGUUUGAGGUGGUGAGGGGGUUGAGGGGGUGUUGA